UGUUAUAUACCAGUAAUUCUACAACAGAUCAUCAUGUUGACUGUCUUCUUUCUACUCUCGAUUCUAUGUGGAUCACAAGCAGCCGCUCCAACGUUUUCGUCGGCUAAAACCCUCAGUACCGUAAAAGACAAAAAUGUAGAUGAAGCAUCCGGAUUAGCUGCCAGCAGAGUCUUCCCGGGAGUCGUCUACACUCAAAAUGAUAAAGGCGAUUCCAGUAGAAUCUUCGCUAUCGACAGCAACACUGGUGUUACAGAAGCCGAGUUGAAGAUAUCCGGGGUUGCUAACUACGAUUGGGAGGAUUUAGCUAUCGGACCAUGUGGUAGUCAUUCCUGUGUGUAUAUUGCUGAAACAGGAGACCAUGCUGGUGAUGGUUCUAGAAACAUAAUAUACCGAGUUCGGGAACCCACAGAACUCAAAUCUCAAAGUCUUGAUGUUGAUGGGGAAUUUCAUUUUACCUGGAAUGAACCCGACUGUGAGACGGUAAUGGUGACACCUAAUGAAGAUAUUUACGUUGUAUCCAAAGUUGAUGGUGGACACGGAUUAAUCGCUAAACUAUCGAAUGAUGGAUGGACAAAAGGGACAACAGCUAAAAUUGUUGCUUCAGCUCGAUUAUCUCAAUCAUCAUCUCACAAUGAUCCUGUUGGUGGUGAUAUAUCAGCGGAUGGUAAAGAGAUGUUGAUCAAGUACCGAGAGCAUGUUUACUACUGGGAUACAUCUGACGGUGAUUAUAUAGGUGCCAUCAAGAGACAACCGGCUGAUUUACCGUAUAUUCUAGAGAAGAGAGGAGAAUCAGUGUGCUGGGACCCUCGAGGUGCUGGGUAUUACACACUAGGUGAAGGAGAUCACCAACAUGUCUAUUACUAUCAAAGAACUUCACCAAUAAUUGGUUAAAAUCUUGUUUUUAUUUAUUG